AGACAGAGCAGAAAAACCAUACCCAAACACUAAGCUAAAAUUAGGUUUUCCCGGCAAAAAAUACUGUCAGAAAGAGCGAAGGGAAGUUUAUAGCUGAAAACAAGGAACGUAAUGCAUUAGUCUGGGAGACAAGUCAAAAGGCAACCCCCUUUACACUAGGGGCACCUAUUUAGUAGGCUCUAGGUAUAGGGAAUAAGUGAGUGCGAUUACAUCAGAUUUUAUUCACCUACGUGGAAUUGCAGCGAGCACUUCUUCUAUUGGUGUAGGCCCAGAGGGUGGACAACCCGAAAUAUUUCAUGUGAUGGCAACCCAUAUCAUUGUUUGCAGUUUAAAGAUACCACGGCGUCCAGAGCAAAUAGUUUUGGUCAUCACGAAUGGUUCAGCAUCUAGGACUGAGAGUAUAUAUAGAGCACAGGCCUGCACCUCUCACCUCACCCAAGUGCAUCGAAGCCAAGUUAGCUCCCCUCGAUCACUAUCUCCUCAAGAUUACUGAGCAUAGCUAACUAUGUCAAGGGAUCCACUUGUUGUAGGCAACGUAGUUGGAGAUAUCUUGGACCCAUUUAUCAAAUCAGCAUCACUCAAAAUCCUAUACAACAAUAGGGAGCUGACUAAUGGAUCUGACCUCAAGCCUUCACAGGUAGUGAAUGAGCCAAGGAUUGAGAUUGCUGGCCGUGACAUGAGAAACCUUUACACUUUGGUGAUGGUGGAUCCCGACUCACCAAGUCCAAGCAAUCCAACCAAAAGAGAAUACCUUCACUGGUUGGUGACAGAUAUUCCAGAAUCAGCAAAUGCAAGCUAUGGAAACGAGAUAGUCAGCUAUGAAAGUCCAAAGCCAACAGCAGGAAUACAUCGCUUUGUCUUUGUGAUUUUCCGCCAAUCUGUCAGGCAGACUAUUGAUGCACCAGGAUGGAGACCCAACUUUAACUCAAGGGACUUCUCAGCACUUUACAAUCUAGGCCCACCAGUGGCUUCAGUGUUCUUCAACUGCCAAAGGGAGACUGGAUGUGGUGGCAGACGAUACAUUCGAUGACAACGGGGAUAACUGCAUUCAUCCUCUGCAAAAAUGAGGAUAAACUGAACGAUUCAUAAGGCCAAGCACACCAGAUAAGUGUUGUGUGCUCGAUGGGGUGUCAUGUAGUUCAAUAGAUUACUUUAUCGCGUGUACAGACACUGACUAUGGUGUCCCAGAAAUACCAUGUAACGUAUCUCAGCCAUUGGCCCAUCUCUUCUUUCUUGAUAAGGAAAGUUGAAGGUUGGUGUAAAAUAGCGCAAUGUGAGUAACAAGCCUUCAAGUUGUCAAAA